CCCGGGGCGAUGGAUACGACGAGGGGGACGCACCCGCACACCGCACCGCACCACCCACACGGCUAUAAUUAGGCGGUUCCAAACGAAUCGCCCCCUCUCGCUUCUGCGCCGGCGACCCGCGGAUCCCCCACUAAUCACCGCCGCGUGCCAGCCCGAGCCCCCCCUGCCGAGGUCCCCGCCUGCGGCCCUGCCACGGCCAGCGGCGGAGAGCUCCGGCCCGGAAGAGCGCCGGCCGCCGGAGUUUCGCCCCCACGGCGGGCGAUCGCCGGGGACGUCGUGACCACCGGCACCCCAUCCGCGUCCGGCUCGAUCGGCGCGCCAUUGGAGCUGCUGCUCGCGCGCGGCGGGUUCUUCCCGGGGGGAUUUUGCCGUUCCUCCCCGUCGCCCUCCUCACCCCCGGCCGCCCGGCGUCUCGGUCGGAUUCGUUCGCUCCGGCGGGUGUCGGGGUUCCUCCUGGCCGUGGGCGGGGCACCGCGAUGUCGGAGGCGGGGCACUACGGGUACAAGAAGACCGACGGCAUCUGCGACGGCGUGUGCGGCGAGCCUGCGUCAAAGGCAGCUCUGACCAUGUCAAGGCUAAAGUGUGCGCUACGGGGAUUUGAUCUCAGGGCACUUAUGGCCCUCUUGAUUGGUGUGCCAAUCCUAAUCUUAAUGAUAUAUGCGCAUGGUCAGAAGGUCACAUACUUCCUCCGGCCAAUCUGGGAAUCUCCUCCCCAGCCCUUCAAGACAAUCCCUCACUACUACCAUGAGAAUGUCACCAUGGAGAAUCUCUGUAAGUUACAUGGGUGGAAGGUCCGGGAUACUCCUCGCCGUGUGUUUGAUGCUGUACUCUUCAGCAAUGAGCUUGAUAUACUCGAAAUCCGUUGGAAUGAACUAAGUCCCUAUGUGUCAGAGUUUGUGCUUCUUGAGUCCAACUCAACCUUCACUGGCAUGAAAAAGCCCCUCCACUUCAAGGAAAACCGUCAUCGCUUUGGAUUUGCUGAAUCACGGCUGACAUAUGGUAUGGUCGGGGGAAGGUUCAUGAAGGGGGAGAACCCAUUUGUUGAGGAGUCAUAUCAGAGGGUUGCCCUGGACCAGCUUAUUAGGAUUGCAAAAAUAGAAGAUGAUGACCUGCUGAUCAUGUCGGAUGUUGAUGAAAUCCCAAGCGGCCACACAAUUGAUCUCUUGAGGUGGUGUGACAACAUUCCAGACAUUCUUCAUCUUCAGCUCAGGAAUUAUCUUUACUCGUUUGAGUUUUUCCUGGAUGAUAAGAGCUGGAGGGCAUCAAUACACAGGUACCGAUCUGGAAAGACGAGGUAUGCACACUUCCGGCAGACAGAUGAGCUUCUUGCUGAUUCAGGGUGGCAUUGCAGCUUUUGCUUCCGCUACAUUAGCGAUUUUGCCUUCAAAAUGCAAGCUUAUAGUCAUGUUGACCGGAUCAGGUUCAAGUACUUUCUGAACCCUGAAAGGAUUCAAGAUGUCAUCUGCAGAGGGGCAGAUCUUUUUGAUAUGCUUCCAGAAGAAUACACAUUCCAAGAAAUCAUUGCCAAGCUGGGGCCGAUCCCAAGCACAUAUUCUGCCGUUCAUCUUCCUAGUUAUCUGCUAAAGAAUGUUGACCGGUUUAAAUAUCUUCUACCGGGCAACUGCAGAAGAGAAAGUGGCUAAUUCUAUGGUUUACCCUGCAAUCUGCUGUGCAUGGGUGCCACUGCACAUUUGUUGUCUCUAGCGAGGCCCAGAUGGCUGUGGCGGUUGCAUCUGGUAUGAUUGGCUAACAUAGUCGGACAAUUGCUUGGGGAAGUGGUCUGUGGAUGAGAGAAGUCGAUGACUUUGUGCUGUGUAAUGGAACUUGGGGAAGGGAUCUAACAGCAUAGCGCGUGCUUGAUCCUGGCUGGGCUGUACCUUCCAGACGAGAUGAUGAACUGUGUGUGUGAGUACAACCAGGUGUUAUUGUCAUCCAUUACUUCCCUGAUUGAUAUAUAAACUCAAAACUGUUGUAGAUUGCAAAAUCAAGUGAUAUUUCAGAACUACAUGUUGUAGAAAACCAGUCUUACUCUGCAUACAAUUUACAUACGCAUAUGUUCCUAUUUU